ACCGUAGCAUGCGUACGAAGAGUACUAAUCUGUUUAAGUGCCCUUUCUUCUUACUGAUAUGAAACACCUUUGCUUUCUUUCAAACUUAGCAAAAGCGUUGGUGAGUUUAGAAAAAUUUAUCCUUCACGAAAUGGAUCCUGAGACGGCAGAGGAAGAAAAAACCAUGCUAAGGAGAGCAGACGAACUUUGAGUUCUAGCCAGCACACGGCGAGGUGAAAUAUUAAGCCAAUUAGCAUUACAAUUCUUUUUGUUGAAAAAAUGGACUGUAAAUUGAUGGAACUGUCUAUAUAUCUUGAAGAGUUGAAGAUGAAAAGAGACCAAGUGGCGCAGUUAGACGUUGAAUUGAGCCGUCUGAAUCUGGGUUUAAUUGAAAAAGAAUCAGAACUGCAUGCCAAAACGGCUCAUUGUCGGCAGUUGGAACUGAAAUUAGCUAAAAGUAACCAAGAACUCAAGAAAAUGAUCGACGAUAUCGGCGCUCUCACGAAAUCCUAUCAGCAGGAAACUUGUCGCCAGGAAGCGGCCAUCUUGGAUUAUGCUGAAAAACUGCGUAAAGUUCAAAUGGAAAAGCAAUGCCUGACGUUGAAGAUUGGGCAUUUCGAGAAAGAAAUCAAAGAAGUUUACGGACAUGUUCGUACCGUUGUCGAGGGUUUACCAAAGUUGCACGAUCAGCAGGAAAGCCUUGCAGAAUGUCUUCAAGCCUUCGAGACCAAACAGUUGAAACUAAUCGAGACUUGCGAAAUGAUUCAAAUAUACGCUAGCCGUAUACAAAAAGAAGCCGAGGGGAAAUGGAAAAUUGCUCAGGAAUCUCGGGCCAACCAGAAUGUGUUAGAGAAAAAACUCUGUGUUACUGAAGCCCAACUUCGUGUUGUGGAAGGAGAUCUAGGGAAAAGCGAUACUGCUGGCCUUCUACGUAAGCAAAAGGAAUCGUUAAGCCACCAGCUUGAAAUGUCAAAGCAACGCGAGGACAAAUUACGCCUGGAUCUUGGAAGAGAGCGUGAAGAAAAGCUGGAUCUUCAACGUAAGCACGAACAAGUUCUGAAUCAGUUGGCGCACUAUCUGUCAUCCGAGCAGAAGGAAACCAUCAGACCAGCUUAAAUGAUGGAUCGGAACAUCGCCGAGUGAGUGAUAAGGGUUCUCCUAGAAACGCUGUUUGUUUAAUUGGCACUAAUGGAUCUUUGCAUUGUGCAUGGACGCUACACCUCCUCAGUUUUCCCGAAUCCUAUUACCAUUUGGCCUGUUGUACGCCAACCAUCUUCGCUAGCAAGUCCGCCGUGUUAUGAUACUCAUCUCGCCCUUACACAGUCGUCCGGAAAGCACAUAUCGGAUUAUGUAUUCAUGAUCAAAGGUAAGUUGUAAAGAAACCUACUAUAAGUUAAGAUGCAUUUGUUACAAAUGUUGCUUUAUCGUAUUCCGCCCUUAUGGAAACUUGAUGACUGAGUGCUGAUUCUUUUAGAGAUGAUGUUUGUUAUUCUCUGUGCGUGUCUCGGCUAAUGGUCGGAUCGUUUCGUAACGACGCGGUUGGUGAGGGAGGGCUAUUGAUCAUAUAGGAUUAACCCAGUCGCCAGUUUGUCUUUUUGACGCCGCGGUCGGUUGGUUGUAUAACACAUCCCUACAUGUCUGCUAUUAUGUUGUCUGUGUGUGUGUGUGUGUGUGUGUGUAACACAAGUUGAUUAAUGUUGGCUCGUUAGUGGCUAUAAGCUCUAGGGAAACGUGCCUUUCAAGCUCCGAGCUGAAUAGGCCUGCGAAGUCGAUCAUACAGAUCAUCAUCAUCAGUAAGUUUAUAAGAUGGAAAUUUAUGGGCCAACAGCUGAUUCCCGAUGAGCCGUGAAGAAUGCCUGAUGUGAUGGAAGAUAGUUUUUCUCCUUUUAUAUCUUGUGUUUUUUUGCAGGAUUGACGUUUGUUGUCAGCAAGAGAGAGACGUCAAAGCAGAAAAACAGAAGCGAAUAUUAUAGAAUCUUGGCAUUAUAUUGUCUCGAUGUGUUCCUUGGGUUUUGCUAUUCGCUCUACAUCGAUAUUAUAUAUUUCCAUCCGGAAGAGAACAGCGAACGGGAAGAUAUCCUUUGAUCCUUGACAAUGCCUUUUGCCAGUUUAUCGCACUCGGCUUGAUAGCAAGAAUGUGAGUCACUGUUCAGCUCCCAGCGUCUUGGAUGUUUGACUGGUUGCUCUCUGUUGUACGAUGGCUUCAGUCCUGCGGGACGACCGGCCUGUCAUCAUCAUUUUCCCCGUCCACUGUCAACUCGUGAGGAUAUUGAAGAGGGACGUAU